AUGAAGACCUCUUUCCUUACCCUCCUCACCGUCCUGGCCGCCUCGGUCGCAGCGGGCCCCGUCCCCUCCGGCUCGUACGGCCUCGAGGCCAGGGGCGGCAACAAGGCUGCCGAAGGAGCCGGGAACAACCAGCCAACGCCGGUGCUGGUGGCGGCGCUUGUAAUGGCGCCGGUGCCGGUGCUGGUGCAGGUGCAGGUGCUGGCGGCGGCGCUCGUAAUGGCGCCGGUGCUGGUGCUGAUGCUGAUGCUGAUGCUGAUGCUGGUGCUGGUGCUGGCGCUGGUGCUGGUGCUGGUGGCGGCGCUCGUAAAGGCGCCGGCGCCGGUGCCGGUGCCGGUGCCGGUACUGGUGCUGAUGCUGAUGCUGAUGCUGGUGCUGGUGCUGGUGCUGGUGGCGGCGCUCGUAAAGGCGCCGGUGCUGGUGCCGGUGCUGGUGCUGGUGCUGGUGGCGGCGCUCGUAAAGGCGCUGGUGCUGGUGCCGGUGCUGAACAUCCAGCCCGAGGGCUUCAACGUCCUCGCCAGCGUCUUCAAGAGCGCCGUAGUCAAGGGAGAUGGCCUCGUGUUCAGCGACCUGAUCACCUUCCCCGACGUCGCGGCCUCCAUCUUCGACAAGGCCGGCAACACCAAGCCCUUCGCCAUCAGCAUCGACGACAAGUCCAUAUUCAUACCCCAGGGCGGCCAAGCCCAGGCCAACAUCCGCCGCGCCGACCUCCUGCCUUCGAUCCGCUCGCAGCUCGACGACGUGGCCGUCAAGGGCGUGCGGACGCUGCACUUCUCGGUCCAGCGCGACGCCGCCAGCCCGCUCAACGCGACGCACGACUACCAGCUCGUCAGCCUCGAGUCCAAGGACUUCUCCAAGCACCAGUUCGACGUGCGCACCGGCGCCGGCAACGGCAACAACAUCGCCGUGGUCGGCACCGACGCCGGCGGCGCCGUCCAGGAGGAGAUCUUCAAGACCGCCUUCGGCGAGGGCGCCUUUGAGAACUUUGCCAUCAAGCUCGACUUCGACCAGAACACGAUGCAGGUCUUCCACAGCACCGGCAACGCCGCCCUCAAGCAGGUCACAGAGCCCAUCGCCAACGACCUGUCGGGCCUGGGUGAGUACCACUUUGCACUGCAGAAGAACCCCGUCGGCGCCAACCCGCAGCCCACGGGCAUCAAGGAGGCCGUCAUCUACGGCGGCAUCUUCAUGGAGGACUCCACCAGUGGCACCGUCACUCUCCAGUAA